CCCCUGCCGGCGGCGGCGGGGAUGACGCACGUCCGGCGCGGGGUCCGCCCCCAGCCAUGCCCGCCGGCGUGUCGUGGCCCACCUACCUGCGGGCGCUGGCGGCCAGCAUGCUGGCCAUGCUCGCGGGGGCCGAGGUCGUGCACAGGUACUACAGGCCUGACCUUAGCAUACCUGAAAUACCUCCUAAGCCUGGAGAACUGAGAACAGAGCUGUUGGGUCUAAAAGAAAGAUCAAGCGAAGUUCAGACUUCACAACAGUGACCAGAGUUUAUUUUCAUUGUGAAAAUUAAAACUGAUAAAAUAUUUGUCCAACUGUUUAAGUUGCAGAAAUACAUAUGUGAAAUACUGUGCUCCUGUAA